AUGGACGGCCUGCGCCAGCGCUUCGAGCGCCUUCUGGAACAGAGAAACUUGGCCACCGAAGUACUAGGGGCACUCGAAGCCAAGACCGGUGUCGACAAGCGGUACUUGGCUGCGGGUAACAGGAGGAAACCCAGAGGAGCCAGCUGGAGAGGCCCUCCUCCACUCCUGAUCUCAAACUCUGGGAUAAAAACUAAUACAGGAGCCACAACUCUGCUAAGCCUGUAUCUUCUGUUCGGUUACGGGGCAUCUCUACUGUGCAAUCUCAUCGGCUUUGUGUACCCCGCAUAUGCUUCAAUCAAAGCUAUCGAGAGCCCAAGCAAGGACGACGACACUGUGUGGCUCACCUACUGGGUGGUGUACAGCCUAUUCGGGCUUGCCGAGUUCUUCAGCGAUCUACUCCUGUCCUGGUUCCCUUUCUACUACGCGGGCAAGUGCGCCUUCCUGUUGUUCUGCAUGAUUCCCGGACCGUGGAACGGGGCUCACAUGUUGUAUCACCGCAUCAUACGCCCACUGUUUCUAAAGCAUCACGAGGCCGUGGACAGCGUAGUGAGAGACUUCAGCGGGCGAGCCCUGGACGUAGCAGCAGGAAUAACCCGGGAUGGCAAAGUAAGCGUGACCCAGCUCCAGAAGGACAAGUGAAGUCCCCACCCAGCCCCUCUGCAGACC